AUAAAGGCAAAUUUAAUUUCUUAUCCCUGUGUGUACGAAUGGCUUAUCCUAGUUCAGGCAGAUUAUUUGCCCUACUAAUCGUGCUCGAAGCAUUGUUCAGCACUGGUCACUCCACUUCUCAGUUCAUAAGCUCACGGGCAGUUUAUUAUGGAACUCCGGAUGGUUUAGGAACUUCCAGCGGCGCUUGUGGAUAUGGUAGCUCUGGGAGAGACGUCAUGGCUGGAAAUGCUGCUGCAGCAAGUCAGUUAUUAUACAGAAAUGGGGCUGGAUGUGGUGCUUGCUAUAAGGUGAGAUGCAAAAAUCAGGCCCUCUGCACAGCCAAUGGAGUAACAGUAGUGGUAACAGAUCAUGGAAAAGGCGAUCGAACUGAUUUCAUUAUGAGUCCUCAUGCUUUCACAACUAUGGCCUGGCCAGGGAAAGAUAAGCAGCUUAAGGCUUUGGGUGUUGUUGACAUUGACUACAAACGAGUACCUUGCAACUAUCCAGGCCACAACAUCGUGUUCAGGAUUAACCAGAGCAGCAAUUACCCCUAUUAUCUAUCUUUGGUUUUGUUGUACCAAGGAGGCCAAAGAGAUGUAGAGGCUGUUGAAAUUUCACAGGAGAGAACGUCUGAUUGGAAAGCGAUGCGGAGGAGUUAUGGAGGUGUGUGGGACAUAGUAAUGUCAUCUCCCUAUAGCAAUCUCGUUAUUCGAUUCCAACUGUCAGGGGGAGAAUGGAUUUAUGCUCGGAAUCCCAUACCCUCUCAUUGGAAAGCUGGCGCUCUAUAUGAUGCUGGCGUUCAGCUCAAAUACUGAUCAUUAUAAUGACUACACGACUUGGUGGCAUUUUAUUUAAAUAAAUCCAAGCUCAGAGAUCCAACGUAUUUCUCUCUUCUUCCACAUGCCUCCAAAAUAAAGCCAUCUUACCGACCCGAAGUAAAUAAUGUAUUAAGAAUUGUAUGCCUGUUGCGCACAGUAUAAAUAACAUAAAAUAUGACAGUAUGGUACCUGCUUUCGUUUUGGCGUCUUUGAUCGCCGUUCUCUUUAAA